CAUGAUCUGAAGAUUAUUUCAAAAGUUUUAAAAUUUUUCGAAAUUAAGUUCGAAUUUUUGAACUGUUUUUAAUAUAAAGAAUUCCUAUCCAUUACAUAUACUAAAUAAUAAUUUAAAACAAUUAGAAAAACUUUUCAUAAUUAAAACAAUUGCUUGCAAAUAUCGUUGAAAACAAUUAUGCAAAUUGUUACACAAAAGUUUCCAAACAACACUAAAAAUCCAAUUAAAGAAUAAAAUAUUGCAAAAUUCUUUUAUUUGAACUUUAAACUCCCAGGAUGUUCAACGUAAAACGGUCAAGUAAUAUGGUAUCAGGUGAUCAGCAACCUGAUACCAAUAUGGCUUUUUACUAUCAUUGGAAAGUAUGGCAUUGGAUGGGUAUUAAGGCGCGUAAGCAGAGCAAUUUAAAAGUCUAUCGCAUUUAUGCUGUGCUCAUUAACUUUGUGGUCACCUUUCUAUUUCCUUUAACCUUAAUUGUUAAUGUAUUUUUCGCUCAAAAUACUCAACAAUUGUGUGAAAAUUUAACCAUCACCAUAACGGAUACAAUAGCUAAUUUAAAAUUUCUUAAUGUUUAUUUAGUGCGUGAGGAUUUGGAAAGAAUUAAGGCCAUACUGGGUAAGCUGGAUAGGAGAGCUGAGAAUUUAAAAGAAAAAAGAAUUCUUCAAGAUGCCAUUCGAAUUUCACAAUUAUCAUUUUUAAUAUUCGUGCGCCUAUACACGGUGGGUACAGGUUUAAGUAUUUUAAAGGUUAUAUUGGCUCAAGAACGUUGUUUAUUAUAUUCCGCCUGGUUUGGUGUAAAUUGGUUUGAUAAUACUUUUAUUUAUGUCAUUGUAAUGAUCUAUCAAUUGUUUGGUCUUAUUGUACAAGCAUUACAAAAUUGUGCCAAUGAUUCCUAUCCUCCGGCUUAUCUAAUUAUAUUAACGGCUCAAAUGAAGGCUUUGGAGGUGCGUGUUAGAGCCAUAGGUCGUAGGGAAAGUGAUGGAGAACAUUUAUGGUUGACUAAAGAGCAACGUUUAAGGAAUUUACAUGAAUUUAAUGCAUGUAUUAAGGAUUAUAACAAUAUCUUAAAACUAUUUACCAUCAUUGAGAAUAUCAUAUCGAAAGCUUGUCUAGCUCAAUUUGUUUGUUCGGCUUUGGUUCAGUGCACUGUGGGUUUACAUUUUCUAUAUGUUGUAGAUGCUGCCGAUUAUAGUGCUCAAAUUCUAUCGAUAAUCUUCUUUGUUGCUGUUACUUUGGAAGUGUUUAUCAUAUGCUAUUUUGGUCAUUGCAUGAGUACUCAAAGUUGGAAUUUAACUUAUGCCUUCUAUUCUUGUGGUUGGUUGUCUCAGAAGCCGGGUUUUAAGAAGAACUUAUUGAUUACUUUGAUGCGUACACAAAGACAUUCGAUUGUUUAUGCUGGUUCUUAUAUACCAGUUGAUUUGCCCACAUUUGUGCAGCUCAUGAAAUAUGCUUAUUCCACAUUUACUCUGUUAAUGCGCUUUAAAUAAUUAAUUUUUAAAAGGAUCUGUUGACAUAAGCAUUAUGUCUUUAAGCAAUUGUUUGUUAAACAAUCUAGAUUUUGCUUGAUCUAGCUUUAUUGAGUACAAAAAUUGAUUGUUUUGUUAAAAUUUAAAAACACAUUUCACUUCACUGCUUUUCACUUCACAAAAAUGUUUAACAAAGCACU